GGGGGGGGCCGCGCUUCCGGUUCCGGUCGCUGCCCUGGGCAGGCGGGAGAGACGCUGCGGGUACCGAGGGGACUGGCCGGGGCCGCAUUCCUGCACCUCGCCUUAGCGGUGCGCAGCAUGGCUGGAGCGCCCACGGUCUCACUCCCUGAACUCCGUUCGCUUUUGGCCUCGGGCCGGGCCCGGCUCAUCGAUGUGAGAUCUCGGGAGGAGGCGGCAGCUGGGACCAUUCCUGGGGCGCUCAACAUCCCGGUGUCCGAGUUGGAAAGUGCCCUGCAGAUGGAGCCAGCUGCUUUCCAGGCUUUGUACUCCGCUGAGAAGCCAAAGCUGGAAGAUGAGAACCUCAUUUUCUUCUGUCAAAUAGGCAAGCGGGGCUUGCAGGCCACGCAGUUGGCUCAGGGUCUUGGAUACACAGGGGCUCGCAACUAUGCAGGGGCCUAUAGAGAGUGGUUCCAGAAAGAAGGUUUAGGUAGCAGGAGGUUCACUGAUUGCCUCCCUCCCCUCGCCCGUCAUGGACCUUAACUAAGGGUGAUGAAGGGGCUGACUUGUUGGGUUGGGCCACUCCUUAUAGUUUUGUGCUGCAAGCAUCAAAUAAAGAUCAUUUAAUCGAA